GACCCUUUUGGCAAUUGGCCAUCCAUACCUGACCGCCAAGGAACAAAGGGACGCCGAAGUCAAAGAAUCAAGCCGACACUUGUCGUUCUUUUGCUCUGAUUAAGGUUUCAAUUAUGGAUUCCACAACUGAAUUUCCCCAUGUUGCUUUGUCACCGGGUGAGAGGAGUCCGGAGAUGGAGAGUAGCAGCCAAGAUCAACCAUCACCUGAUGACAAAAGUGACACUUUGGAAGCUGGCAGUGCGCCUGUAAGCACAACUGCAAAAGAACCUCUUGGAGAAGGAUCUUUAGAGCUCGGGUUAACACAACCUGAAACAGGGUUACCAGAAAAAUUGGUUGAGCCUCUCGAAGGAUCGCUACAACAAAAGCAAAAUCUGACAAGAAAGACUGAUGUAUCUUCUGUGGAGAAUUCUGGAGGUCAAGAAGGAGUGCCCCUUUCGAUAGAGAAAAUUUUGGAAAAGUCAGGAAAUGGGAGUGUUGUGCAGAGUGCUCCAGAAACCCAGGAAGUACCUGACCAAGUUCAAAAGGAAGUUGUAAAGGAUGGUCCAGGAGUUGAUUCAGCAACACAAAGUGCAGCAUUUUCAUCUGAAAAUGAAAACCAAAUUGACAUUUCCAUCCAAGAACAUUCAGAAGAGGCAUCUGUUGGUGAAAAGAGUGUGGAGACUCCUGGUGAAGUUGUGAGGCAAGGUAUCGAUGGAGGAAACCAAGAGCUUGAAGAAGAAGGUAUGGAAUGUACAGAUGGUGACACAAAUCUAGGUGAAGGUAUUCAAAUUGGAAGCAAUGGUUCUUCUGAGAAGAAGGAAUCUAGUGAAGAUGCAGAUAAAGACUCUGUUGACAUAAUUGAAAAUGCUGCUCUCUCAGAGAUGGCUGUAGGACAAACAAGUGAGCCUGAUAAGGACGAGACCAGUGGAGGAAGCUGUCAAGUACAUGGUGAUUCCACUCCCAAUGAAGGAAAUUUGGAAAGUCAUCAGGCAGAGCCUAGUGAUAAGGAAAGCAGCAGAUCACCAGUCCCAUGUGAGAGCAGCACAGAAAAUGUAGUAGCCAACUUAAUCAGUGAUUCUCUUGUCUCAGAAUUCAGUCAAGAAGGAACGAAAGAAGAAGGUUCUUCUCAGGAAGAUCAAGAUCCCAAUGAUGAAUCAGCUUUGGCUGUUAGUGAUGCUGGCAUUGUAGGUGAUAAAGAAAUGGCUAACGCAGACGGUGUAGAAAAGGAGUCCCAGAGCGCUGAAAAUGAUCAGGAACCAGAGCUCAUGGACACCCAGAUCAUAGAAACAGAAGAUGGGAACACUCAGGACUCCAUGGCUGAACUCGGCACCAAGGACAGUCUUGAUGACUGUAACAUUGACAAGGUUCCCAAGAUUUAUGAUGAGUGCAGCAUGGAGAGUUUUGUUUCAGCCAAGAGUGGAGAGCUUGACUACAGGGAUAGCCUUCAAGGAAGUCCAUUGCCCGUGAAGAGGGUCCGGGAGCUGAUAGAUGAAAGCCCAAGGGCCAGUCCCAAGAGGUCCAGGACAAGUACCCCUACUAUCCAGAGUGAUGAUGAUUUGGGCCAUUUUCCUGCAGAGAAUGUCUUUGAGUACCAGUGGCCACAGGACAAUCCUGGCGAAUGGUACUUUGUCCAGGAACAGAUCAGUGAGUUCCUGGGAGUCAAAUCCUUCAAGCGCAAGUACCCAAAUCUUGAGAGGCGGGUAAUGGAUAUCAAGGAGAAGGAAUUUCUUCGAGAGAGGGGUGUGGUCACAGAGGAACAGGUUACGCUUGGUUUGACUGCCCUACGAGGAGAUGAGGUAUAUGACCUGAUGAUGAAGGAUUAUCCUAACAGAUACACCGAGUACGCCCGAUUGGUCCAGGAAAAACAGAGGCAGAAUAUCAGUAAUCAGCAUAAAGGAUACGAAGCGCCAACAAUGGAUGCAAGUAAGAUCAAAGAAUACAUCAAGAAGGCUGCCAAACAAGCCGCAGAGUUCAACGCACUCUUGAUGAGAGAGAAGAGAGAAGAAAGACAGUACUACUUUGACCUACAAACAAUGCAACUCCAGAUGAAGAAGUUGAGUAAAGAGGAUACAAAGAUCGGUGCCUAUCCUGUAGCGGUCAUCCCUGGCCAGUACCAGGACUACUGUAGAUAUUACUCAGCUGAUGAACUGAAUUAUUUGCCAUUGAACACUGCCAUCUAUGGUCCAAUGGCGAUCAGGAGAAAGACUGACUAUGGUCCUGAAGUGGAGGAGGAAGAGGGAGAUGAUGAUCUUGAUAUCAUGGCUGAAUUAACCAAAAAUGAGGAUAGAGACAAGGAUAAGGAAAAGAGCAAAUCUGUCACCAGUCAACCACUGAAUGAGCAUCAACAGCGGCAGCAACAAGAGCAACGUCUGCAACAGUUACUGAAUCAACCACUCCAACCAGUACAGCAGCAGCAGGAGAAACCAAAACCGCAACGGCAAGCACCACGCCCAAAGCAACAGAAGCCACCUCCACCACAGAAACAAGAAGAGCAGCAGCCGCCUCCUGUGAGUUCUACGCCAGCAGCAUCCAAGUCACCAUCAGGACCUACCAUCUUGAGACCGAGGGCAGGACCGAUCAUAGUCCAGCCAGGGCCAGAGUCUGGUGGCAGUGGGGACAGUGACAUGGUGAGACUACCUGGUCCUGAGGCUCUGCAGCAGAGUAUGGAAGCAGUGGUACCAACUGCUCCAAGACCUUAUCAGCCCAAGAUCAAGCCUACUGCUAUCUGCGGCUUAUGUUUGAAAGACAGACGAAGUAACACCAAGGGAGUUUCAGAGAAUCUGGUUCACUGCUCACAGUGUGAUAACAGUGGUCACCCGUCAUGUUUGGAUAUGAAUGAUGAGUUGGUAGCAACCAUUAAGACCUACCCUUGGCAGUGUAUGGAAUGCAAGACCUGUUCACAAUGUGGUGAUCCUACACAUGAGGAUAAGAUGAUGUUUUGUGAUAAGUGUGAUAGAGGAUACCAUACCUUCUGUGUUGGACUCACAGAUAUACCAACAGGAAAUUGGCUUUGUCCAACCUGUUCUGCUGGGGGUCUCCCUCCCCCUGUACCGCCUCCACCACCAUCAAACUUCACAAGGGGGCUUACCCCAUUACAACUACAAGGAAGUGUCCCACCACUUCCAUUGCUGCUACAGGAAACACCACAGCUCCAACCAUCUCUACCACUACCACAGCAAGGGGGACCACCUCAGCAACAGGGUAUACCACCACAAGGUGUACUGCCAAUGCCACCCCAACAACAAGGCAUUCCACCACAACCUCAGGGGUUGCUGGCACACCCAAAUCACGCACCACUUCCACAACAGGGGAUGCCCCAGCAACAAGGUCUACCACCCCAGCAAGGCUUGCCUCCACAGCAGCAACAGGGCGGUCGAUCCUAGCAACAGGAUAUUGCAUCCUGCGAGCAGUGUCCACGACCCUCUUGCUCAUCUAGAACUCGAGUAACAUACUAUGCGUAGCACAAAAACCCCAAGAACUGAAUGUAUGUUUUGUAUUGUAACAUAUAUUUUGUAAAAUAUUGUGUAGAUGUGUAUAUACUGUAAUCAGAACAAUAGUUCUGUAGGAACCAAGUUGUUAGUUGCUACUUCAAGAUUCAUGUGUCAGAUUUAUUUUUAUGAUUAAAGGAGAAUGAAACCUUGGAACAAAUAUGGAAUGAGAAAAAUCAAAGGAAGUUUGAUGGCAAUUGGAGAAAAGAAGAAAGUCAUGAGCAUUUGAAUGUCGAAAUCACUAAUGCGCUGAGAUCCGCCCACUGGCAAUGCGAACAAGAUUUGUGAUGUCGUAGAAGUACAACCCUCCCCUGUGUACAGUGAAAAUAUAUCCCAAAAUAUCUAUUUUUGCUCAUUCUUCUGAUAGUUCAAAUAUUUUGUCUAUUUUUUUAAUGGAACCCCUAUAACAUGUCUUUCCAUGAAAACAAAGCACCUGAUCUAUGGAUAGACUUGAUAAAAGUGACAAUUUAAAGGGGAAUCCAACCCAAAUAGAAACUUAAUUUUAUAAGGAAAAGAAAAAUCAGACAAUUUGAUAGGUGAAGGUUUGAACAAUAUCGGACAAACAACAAGAAAGUUAUGAAUUUUUAAAAGUUGGUAAUAUAGGUAAUCACUAUACCCAUGGAGACUUCAAAUUGGCCGCAUAUGGGAUGUCAUAGUGAUGUAAGGCAAGGACUACUCUUCCAUGUACUCCAAUACAUUUUAUUGCUAAAAUGUCAUUUUUCCCAAAAGUUUUAUUUCAAAUUAUAUUUUUCUUUCAUGAGGACAUAAAACAAUAUACUACCUUGGGUUAUAUAUAGAUUACUGCCCCAGGGGAAUGGGUACUUAGGAGAAAACCACAAAUCCCUGAUAAUAAAGUACAUGGCCUAUGGGAAAGUUGUCCUUGCCCCUUGUCAUAAUUUACUUACCCAGUUGCCAAUUUGAAAUCUACAUAGUAUUAGUGAUCUCAAUUUUAAAGCAGCUAUAACUUUCUAAUUGCUUGUUCGAUUUCUUUCAAACUUUCACCAUUCUGUUCAAUUUAUUUUUCUCCUUCCCAACAUAACAUUUUAUGGCCAAGGCUGGAUUCCCCUUUAAGUAAAUAUGUAGAAAAGUAAUUGGGGAAUUGUACAAGUGCAACAUCACACAUCGUUGUUCCCAUUGCCAAUGGGAGGAUUGAAUGCUCAUAGCUUUAUUAUUGUCUUGCUGUUUUCACACAAGCUAAGUUGUUCCCACGGUUUUAUUCUCCUUUAAUGGAAUUUGUUCACAUUGCUUUGACUUCAAACAAUAUUUCAUCAAUUGAUAUGCUGUUGAUUGGUGUUUUUCACAAUAUGCAACUCCUCAUUUGUGGAUCAUGAUCAUUGUCAAAUUGUGUUUCACAUAAAAUGCAAUGGUGAAAAGCUACACGCAAAAGAUGUCCAAGACAAUGAUUUCUUUUUAGUUUGUUUAGAUCCUUUAAGAUUUAUCAUGUUCUUUGUAUUCUCUAUACUUGCUUCAAUUGAUAUGGGAAAGGAUGUCCCUUUCCAUGGUUGAAUAGUUCCUUUAAUGAAAGGUAAUUUUACAAGUAAACAAAGUCAGAAAAGGUA